AUAUACGUAUAUAUCAUGUAUGCAUGCAUAGUCUUACAGAAGGCAAUCACUUCCCGCUCAAUGGCUACGUUGUGGCUUCUAUUAUUAAAUAUCCUGGUUCUGGUCCAUGGCGAAUUGGACAUGAAUGGACCGAAUGUGUGUCAGAAAAUUCUAACGAAAACACAAACUCGCAUGAUUACAUAUCGUGAACCGUUCAGAGUGAAGACGACCACCUGGUGUCUGGCCUUCCCGCCAAGAUGUACAGAAUGGAUUACAAAAUAUCGCCUCGGAAGGAAAGUCCGGUCGUCCUUGGUCUACAAGAAGACAGCCAUGUGUUGUAUGAACUACGAAGAAGUGAAUGGUCGCUGCCAUCCAAUCUGUGAAUUUGGUUGCAACAACGGCAUUUGUCUGGCACCCAAUAUGUGUCAUUGCCACCCAGGAUGGAGAGGACAUACGUGUGCUUCCCAUUGUUCCAAUGGCACAUGGGGAGUGAACUGUGUAGAGAAAUGCGACUGCAAUGGACACGGAUCGUGCGAACCUAUUACAGGGAUCUGCCAAUGUAUUCCAGGCUGGACUGGUGGAAAAUGCCAGAAUGAGUGUCCAGAGAAUACAUAUGGUGUAAAUUGUCAAUCGAUGUGUAAAUGCAAAAACGGAGCAACUUGCGACCAUUUGAAUGGUGCGUGUCUAUGCCAAGACGGUUUCAAAGGAACACUGUGUGACCAGGUUUGUCUGGAGGGUGAGAACUGUUUGUCUAGGUGCCAAUGUCACAAUGGAGGUAUAUGUCACCCCCAUGAUGAUUCCUGCGAUUGUCCACCAGGAUGGACUGGAAAUAUUUGUUCUCUACCGUGCCCGAAAAACCGCUACGGUAAAAACUGCAAGGAGGUUUGUAGCUGUUAUAACGGCGGCGUAUGUGACCCGUUUACGGGAGAAUGUCGGUGUCCACCUGGUGCAAGUGGCGAGAGAUGUCAGAUUCAGUGUCCAGUUGGUACUUGGGGCCCAAACUGCACUUAUGAAUGUGAAUGUCGCAACGGUGGAACCUGUUCUCCAGAAGACGGUUCCUGCCUUUGUACAGCUGGAUUUUCCGGAAGACAUUGUGCCAGUCGAGUUUGUUCCCCGAUCACUUAUGGAAAAGACUGUUCUCAUACAUGUGAAUGUGACUGGCAGAACACAAUGCGGGUCCAUAGAAUAAAGUAUCAGUCAAGUACUGGAUUCGAUGAUACCAACUUUUCCUCUCCCUUCAAAAAUUGCUGUUUACACGGAACAUUCAUGGGACCGCUUGAUCAGAAAGUCUUGCUCUGGCAAACGUUGAUUGCCAAGGCAUUAAUACUGAAUGCAAUGUCAAUACUGUAUAAUUUAGGUUGGCGAGGUCAUAUGUGCGAAGAACAGUGCCCUGGGGUUUUGUAUGGACAGAACUGUUCCAGAGUCUGCGAUUGUAGGAAUGAUGCAUCGUGCGAUCACGUGACUGGAGAAUGCCAUUGUAAGCCGGGAUUCAAAGGAAUUCACUGUGAAGAUACUUGUCCAAAUGGUCGUUUCGGUGUCAACUGUAGAGAACAAUGUCCUUGUACCGCUUCCAAUACUGCCAGGUGUGAUUCAGAAACUGGACUCUGUUCGUGUGAACAAGGAUGGACAGGUGUUUUUUGCAACAGUACUUGUCCUGAUGGUAUAUGGGGUGAGAAUUGUGACCGGGUAUGCACCUGUGCUAAUGGUGGAUCAUGUGACAUGAAGACGGGUAAAUGCCACUGUCAACCCGGGUGGAUUGGUGAUAAAUGCGAACAAGAAUGCGAACCUGGAUAUUACGGUUUCUGGUGUAAACAGAGCUGUCCUGCUUGCCCUGUGCACGAGGGGGACAUACGUUGUAACUUACUCACUGGACUUUGCACCUGUCCUCCAGGAAAGAUGGGAUAUCUCUGUGAUAAAGAAUGUCCAAACGGUACAUAUGGUCUACACUGCAGUGAGAAAUGCGAUUCCUGUUUUAACGGUGCCAGAUGUGAUAGUGUGACAGGCUUUUGUCAGUGUCUUCCUGGUUGGCUUGGUGACAAAUGUAACGUUGAAUGCGAACCAGGUUAUUUCGGUGAAAACUGCCAGUUUAAAUGCGAGUGCAGCAAUGGUGGAAAAUGCCGCACCAAUGAUGGCGCCUGCCGAUGUCUUCCGGGAUAUACUGGUGUACACUGUAAAGAAAGUAAGUGAAGCUUUAUAGAUAAUGGCU